AUGGCGGCGGGCAUACGGUAUCUCUGUGCCCUACUCUUAUAUUUCUUAUCUGCAGCAAAUGCGUACAGUCUAACAUGGGGUUUCACAUGGAUAAAUCCUGAUGGCGAGCAAACCAAUACUUUAGAGACCACCGAUAUCCCCGGAAUACCGCUCGAUUGUUUUCACAUCCCGAGCCCUGAUGGAGAAAUGCAAGAAUGGACACCUACUGGAUUUAGCCUGACCUCGACUUUGGACUAUAACAAACUCGAGGAUCCGACAUAUGCAGGUUAUCCUCCUCGUGCGAUAGCACUAUGGCAGCUCCCUGGUUGUUUGUCGAAUAAUGGACUCCCCAUUGCAGUUAUAAGGCUUUGGGAUGAAACGGGUACGCAGACACUUGAGUCAUUUUCGCCAGUAGAGUAUGGAAAUAUUGACCAUUACGCCCUUGGUAUUUCUGAAACUGGUGCUCGCUCCUUCCAAGAGAUCAAUGAGGAGUCGCCAUUAUGGGAAAAUAUCGUUUUGGGGGAAGGGAUGGUGGAGGGAGAUGUAUUCGAGGUAUUCGCUGCGUUUGGCGACAGGAUUUAUGGGAGCCUUCAUCAUGAAAUGGUGAGCCCUCCUGUGGACUCAGAUAAUUUUCAAGAGCUAGCCAUGGGAAUACCAGAGACAUGGCUGGCAUGA